CACUUGUAAAAUUGAAGAUCCUUGCGGCUUGCGGUGCUUUAUAAAAAGGCAAAGUACUCAUAGGUAGUACCCGAUAUUUUAUUUUAACAUAUUUAAGUCUAAUUUUAAUUAACAUUUCAAAAGGCCUUCAACCAAUAUCGGCCGAUAAUGCGCCUAUAUCGUCGAAUAUGUGGUUAUGCCACCGCUGCGGUCAAACAAGAAGCGCAUUAUCAAGUACCAACGGCUGCACGUUCCACCAAAACUAAUCCAAUUGAUCACGAUCAAAAUGACUCCUCUAAGUUUUAUACAAUCGAAUCCAAAGUGGUCAAUAACUUGUUUCAAACUGGAGGUCUUCCAAAACCUUUUGUUGAGAUGACUAAAGUAUUUGCGGAAACUUCUCUAAUGAUCAGAAAACCAGCAUUGGAAGUGAUCAACAACCUAAAAUUGGCUAAUUAUGAAAAACCAGCAGUCCGCUAUUUAUUAUAUGGCCAAACCGGAAGCGGAAAAUCUCUUAGCCUUGCACAUAUUCUUCACUAUGCUCAUAAUUCAAAAUUCAUAUUGUUUCAUAUUCCCUAUGUACCAAUUUGGCUUAAAUAUGGACGUAAAGAAGUUACCUGGUCUUCAACAAAAGAAGGGUUUGCUAACAUGCCGCUAAUAGCAGCACAAUGGCUAAAACAUUUCUUACAUCAAAAUAAAGACCUAUUAAAUGAUCUAAACCUCACAACCAGUCAAGAAUAUGUAUGGAGUAUACGAGAGUCCACACCAAAUGGAAGCACAUUGCAAGACUUAAUCACUCAUGGAAUCAAUCGAGCUAAAUAUGCAUGCGAUGUUAUGGAUAUUCUAUUAAAUGAAUUGAAAAUGCAUUGUACAAAUAACAAGUGUAAAAUGUUGGUGGCAAUAGAUGGUUUCAAUGCCUUCUUCAAUGAAAAGACUGACCUAAAAACAGAAGAUCGAGUCAAAGUCACUCCACAACAAACUACAAUGGUCCAGGCAGGAUUAUCGGCUGUAAAAAGCGAUUGGAACAAUGGUGCAAUUGUUAUGGUUACAUCUCCUAGAGCUGCAUUAAACACUAAAAGAGAGUCUCACCUACCGUUAUACCUCAUUGGACGUCAAGGAUUUCAAAUAAUAGACCCGUUCAUACCAAUUUUGGUUCCUGAAUUAGACAAAAUUGAAUUCAACAACAUGCUAGAUUAUUACGAAGAAAAAAGAUGGCUACAGAAAACGGGAGGCAGAAAUGAAUUAGAGUUUCUUACUUCUAGGCUACCGGCUGAUAUAAUGUUUCGUUGCGCUCCGCUAUAAUAUUUCUUGUUUUUGGGUACUUCUUAUUUAGAGUAGAACUUUUGUAUUUAAAUAUAUGUUUGUCAGUGUUAUUAAAUAUACUUACA